GAUCUGCUACUUACAGGUAAUCAAAUCCUAAAAGUAUUCAGUAAAGUCGCCAAUCCCAGCUUUUCUUUUAGCAAUCCCAGCUUUUCUUUUAGCAAUCCCAGCUUUUCUUUUAGCAAUCCCUCCGGGGGUUCCUGUGGUUUUUCCCGGCAGACACGAUGCAAUAAUCAUUGAAAUUCGCUUUCAAAGGUUGUGCCGCGCUGUAAAAGGCUACGACGCGUUUUCUUUCAUAACGUCAAGCUCUGUUAUGCCUCCCUGUGUAACAUUUAUGUAG